GUUUCCUGUCGGUUAGUCUUCUUCAGUUCACCAACAAAGCGCACCUAUCUUUUCAAAAACCGGCCACAGAAGGAAAAAAGAAAAAAGAAAAAUCGACAUAGAUGCUUGGUCUCGCUUAAGCUACCAACCGGGAAUUCGAAAAAGUGUAAAUUUUGAGGAGCUUAUAUAAUAUAUUCUCAAAGUAAGAAGAGAAUACGUGGAAGAAAUUGAUUGGUAAAGUGAAGUCAAAUGCCGGAAGAGGAUUUGAUUGAUAUAAAAUUUAGGCUUUACGAUGGGUCGGAUAUCGGGCCGUUUAGUUACUCAUCCGCGUCCACUGUUGAUAUGCUUAAGCAGAGAAUUGUAUCCGAUUGGCCGAAAGGUAAAACAAUUACUCCAAAAGCAGUGACGGAAGUGAAAUUGAUAAGUUCAGGCAAAAUUUUGGAUAACAACAAAACUGUUGGUCAGUGUACGACACCUUUUGGUGAAGUUGCAGGGGGAAUCAUCAUAAUGCAUGUUGUUGUACAGCCAUCUCUAGCAAAAACAAAAAAAGAAAAGAAGGUCGAUAAUCCCAGGAAAAUUGUGUGCUCGUGCUCCAUUUUAUGAAGGCAGAUGUGUAGAUAUUUGGGGAAAUGCUUUAGGUACAGUAAUUGUUUUCUUUGAAACAAUCCAUAUUGUUUGUUGCUGUAUUCAUGUGCACGACUACUGUGUCAGAGUGAUGUGUUUAUAUUUCCUAAAAGAUCUGCAUCUUUCUUUUUCUUGUCUUUUUUUGGAGACCGCAAAUGCUUUGUAACAGUAGUAGAAAGCUGUAUAGACCCAUGAUGUGAAGACAAGAUCCACAACAAUCAAAAUUGCAACGGAAAUACCUUGUAUGUAUUUUAUGAUAUUAUGGCAAGAUUGUGAUUGGACUUGCGAGUCAA